AUGGCAGAAGCCGAGCAGGCGCAGACCCUCAAACAGUUGGCAUACCCAACUAAUCUCAACUUGAGGCCUAACGAGAUUACCUUACCAGAGAACCCGUUCGCAUCUCGUCGGUAUGACCUGAAGCCCUCACUGCUUCAGAUCUUACCGAAGUUCAAUGGAUACCCAGGAGAUGAUCCUCACACUCAUCUGCAAGAUUUUGAGAUGACGAUCAUGCACCAGUCAAGACAUCAGUCUGAAAAUUGCCCUAACUUCGGCGAGGACAUUGUUGAUGUUAAUGCUAUCGGAGGGCAUGAUGGGAAUCCACACAAGUAUGAUCCCUUUUCAAACACUUACAAUUCAGGGUGGAGGGAUCAUCCUAAUUUUCGAUGGAAGCAAGAUGGUCAACCCCAACAGCAGAACAACAUGGGAGUACCGAUGCAACGUCCCCAGUAUAAUCAGAACCAACAUCAACAACAGUACCAGUUAGGACCACCACAACACCACAAUCAGAAUCAACAACAACCUCCUUACCAACCACCACACAGGAGAGCACCAUGGGAGGAAGCCAUAGAAAAUAUGGUCAAAGAAAGCGAGAAAUUUUGCAAUGAAAUUCGCGCCGGUAUGAACCAAACUAACCAGCAAAUUAGUCAUUUGACUAAAGCGGUAGCCAAAUUGGAGGAGAAUACCGGUAAACUUCCAGCCAUGGGAAUCAACCCCAGAGAACAUGCCCAAGUUGUGCUAACUGAGUUUCCAGAAGGAGAGGAGAAGGAAGAAGAGUUGUUGGCUGAGGCUGAACUGAUUCAAAGAAACUUGAGUAAAAGUGGUGAAGGCCUAGCUGCUGAACAAGCUGGAGGUAGCAAUCUGACCGACGCACCCUAUCCAGGACGCCUGAGACAGAAAGCUAAAGAGAAUGAAGCAAGUGAAAUGAUGAAGAUGUUCCAGAAAAUGGAGUUAAGCAUACCCUUACUCGACGCUAUCAGGCAAAUUCCCAAGUAUGCUAAAUUCUUGAAGGACCUUUGUUCAAGAAAAGUGAAGAUGGAGGAAGAAGUACGCUAUGUGAUGGGAGAAAGUGAUUCGGCGGUGAUCCAACGGAAGUUACCCACAAAGCGGAAGGACCUAGGAAUGUUCACCAUCCUGUGUAACAUUGGUGGAGCAAACAUGGAUAAGGCCAUGAUGGACUUAGGAGCUUCCAUAAAUGUGAUGCCAUUGGCAGUUUACAAGAGAUUGAAUAUUGGGGAGAUGAGAAACACCCGUGUGGUCAUACAGUUAGCCGACAGAUCCAACGCCUAUCCUGAAGGAGUGGUAGAGGACGUACUGAUUAAGGUUGGGGAUUUGAUCUUCCCAGCUGACUUUUACGUUCUGGACACCGGACCAGAAAAUGGAGAGAAUGCUAUACUAUUGGGAAGACCAUUCAUGAUGACCGCUGGAACCAAAAUUGAUAUGAAAACUGGAAUUUUAACAUGUGAGUUCGAUGGAGUUCAGGAAGAGUUCAACAUCUAUGAAACCAUGAAGAGGAAGCAAGCAAUGGAAACAGUGGACAUGAUCGAUGUAUUCGAACCGCUAGUACAAGAACUAGGGAAUUGGUUUCGGUUCCAGGGACACCACAGAGAAAGUAAUUCAGUAUGGUCUGACCGAUCGAGAUGCAGAGCAUAUGGAGGAUGA